CAGAUGUGCUCAUGUGCUGCAUGUGAUUAGAUUACUUGAUAGUUUUAGUGAACCAUGUGAGCUGAGCUAGCAUUUCCCUCGAUGUGUCACUUCGUCUCUCCUCCCACUCGCUGCAAGCACUGCCGCGAUGUGACUGUCCGGUGUCAGCCCUGUGCCUGCCUCGGAGCUCCUUUUCAGAGUUGGACAAUGAUGUCAGCUAAGUAUUCACCUCUUUGAAUCCUCCCUUAACAAGCUCUACUGUUGGGCUGUGAUGGCAUUUUCCAGUUGACUUCUUGGCAGCGUCUGGCUGUUCUCCAUUAUUGCCUGGGACUUUUGCACACCUCCAUUCCAGACCUUUGUCUCCAUCAGAGCCAAGUGUUGGUGAAGAAGACUACACUGGAAGAAGCUCAGCAUGACCAUGACUGCUCCUACUCAUUCUUGACUCCCCAGAGAGAAGUUGCUCUUGAAGAAACUGCAAUAUAUGAGCAAGCUUAACUUCCAGUUCUGUCCAGUGUUCUGCAUUGGUGAAUCUUCUGAGGGACAUUCUGGGCACAAGUAUCUUCUGUUACAGCUUAUCACUGGACCUGAUGGGGCUGAAGCCACUGCAGUCCUAAGUAGCUUUGAACUGAGUGUUUGGGAUCAGGAUGGGAAGAAACAGCCCCAGAGGGCACCAAGAAGAAUCUGCCAGUGCCUGAGAUAGACUGUGUACACAAGUUGGAUGGGUGCUGUGGAGGAACUUCUGUCAACAACACGGUCUUUACUUGUGGUGCUCCCACAUCAAUGAUGACUACAGAUCUAUAUUAAAAUCAAGACAUCAGCUGGAUACUGUGCAUUGACCUGAUGGAUGCAUUCUCCAGCAUGAACCAAGAACAGAAAAUGAAAUUAACUCUUUGGGGUGUCUGAUCUGACCUUCUUGUAGGUUUUCACAUGUGACUUCUUUUUCAAGCAGCAAUGAGUGUACUCAGAUAUUACUUCUUUGUCGUCCUGAUUUUCAGUGUUUCCCUUCCAUUUGUUUUCUAUGCCAUUACUAUACAUGCACAAAAAUCUCUCAGGAGGCUCAAGUUCUCAGUGAGUUCAACUUUAGUAGAAGACUGUAAAGCACUUACUAAAGAUAAGGUGUCCUUUCUGAAGGAAAAUGCUUUAAAAACAUCCUUCAGAAUACUCAAUUGCACUGAGUACAUCACACAGAAUCACUACAUCACCCGCGUGCUGUCAGCCGAGGAGGCGGCCUUCCCCCUGGCCUACAUCAUCACCCUGCACAAGGAGUUUGAGACCUUCGAGCGGCUCUUCAGGGCGGUCUACAUGCCCCAAAACGUCUACUGCAUCCACGUGGAUGGCAAGGCGCCGGCCGCCUUGCAGCAAGCGGUGCGGCGCCUGGUGGGCUGCUUCCCCAACGCCUUCCUGGCCUCCCGCACGGAGCGGGUGGUCUAUGGCGGUGUGUCCCGCCUGCGGGCCGACCUGCACUGCAUGAGGGACCUGCUGGCCUCGGCCGUGCCCUGGCGCUACCUGCUCAACGCCUGCGGGCAGGACUUCCCCUUGAAGACCAACUGGGAGAUCAUCCAGCAUCUGAAAGCCUACAGGGGGAAGAACAUCACUCCCGGAGUGCUGCCACCAGCACACAUCACUGCACGCACCAAGUAUGUGCACCGGGAGCAAUUAUAUUCUUUCUUUUCCUUCAUGCUGCCGACGUUUGUACGCAAGGCUCCUCCACCACACAACCUGACCCUCUACUUUGGUUCUGCGUACAUUGCAGUCACCCGGCCCUUUGUAGAGUUUGUGCUGCAGGACCCGCGUGCCAUCGACUUGCUGGCGUGGUCUGAGGACACCUACAGCCCCGAUGAGCACUUCUGGGUGACGCUCAACAGGAUCCCAGGUGUCCCUGGGUCCAUGCCUAAUGCAUCGUGGGAAGGUGAACUGAAAGCAGUGAAGUGGAUUGAUAUGGAAGAUGUCCAUGGAGGUUGUCACGGCCAUUAUGUCAGAGGCAUUUGUGUAUAUGGAACAGGUGACCUCGAGUGGCUUUUAAACUCCACCUGUAUGUUUGCAAAUAAGUUUGAGCUCAGAACAUACCCACUGACUGUGGAGUGCCUGGAGCUGAGACAUCGAAAGAGAACCUUGGCACAGAGUGAAGUUCAGGUGGAACCAAACUGGUAUUUCUAGCUAGUGAAAACCCAGGAUGCAUCAACAAAAGUGGUCGGAAUUGCACCAGAAAUCUAAUUUCUGUUUUGCUGGAAGAACACAUUCAUCCAACAGGUUUCUUUAGGAUGUGCAAUAGUUGCAGCUCAGGUCAGCUUGUCUCACUUUGUCUGCAAAUCUAUCUUUUCACUUCACAUUUGGAGACCAAAAUGUGGAAGAUUCCAAAAAGAAGCAAGUGGGCACAGCUCUUUUUACAGCUGCCCUGUUUGUACUUUUGCAGUUUUUAUGGCCUGUUGCCCAUCCCUAACUUUUUUUUCUUGCUACACUGACAUUGCUGCCUGUUUCUAUAAAAAUGUAUAUAGAAUCAGGCAUCCUUGGGACUUCGCAUUACCUUGAAGACAAGUAGUGUGCAUUGGUAAGCAGAAAGAUAACAAGUCACAGUGAACAAGACCUUAAAAAGAGGAACACAAUUGGUGGCCAUGCAUGCAGCUGCUGGUCAAAGAUACACAAACUUGGCUCACCAGGGAAGUACUGGGAAUGGGAGAAAGGUGCUGAACUGCUGUUCUAAAGUCUGUUCUUUAAACAUCUGUUGGUUCAAGGUUUGUAGGAGUAUAGCACCUUUUGCUAUGCAAAUGGUUGUAGAUAGAAAGGUCUGAUAGGCUUUCAGGCACAAGAGCUCUUUAUGAAAAGUGAAGUCUUAUUUAUUUGUUUCGCUUGGCCAACUAAUAGAGCUGGAAACCGACUGACACACAGAUUUUGGCCUGCCAAGUGUCCUCAGAUCAUCAUAGAUAAGGACACAAAGGGAGGGGGAGAGCAGUGAAAAGGGAUGCCGGGACUGAAAGAUCAGUAGUUGAGCUUUGGCAGUAAGUCUGUAACUUUGUGUCAUGUUUUGACAGGGGCUGAGCCUCCUUCCCAAGCUUACUUCUUUUGAGUGGUUGAUAGGUGUAGGUAACAUUGAGCUUCACAGCCCUAUUUUUGUUUCCCGAUUGCAGCCACCAGAGGGAGGCAGUCAAAUAGCCGAGCUGAUACUCGUUCCUAAGCCUACCUAGCCCUUCAGCAUGCAAUCUCCGAAGCAGAAUUGAAUGGUUCUUCCUGCAGUGAUGACAGGCUGUAUUCCUGGGGUUAUUUCAGCACGUUGGAUGACCCGGUUAGCAGCACGGUGGAGCACCUUGGCUCAAGCAGUGGGUCCUGAACAGCAUCUACUCCCAGCUCCGUUAAACCACCGCUAACUUCUGUGUCCUUUUCUUUUCCUGACUCGCCACCAUUUACAGCGUCGCUUCCUUUUUUUUUUUAAACGAAUGUUACGCUUUUCUGCAAAUAAACCCUUUAGUUAUCA